AUGGCCCGGAUGGUUUCAGCUGCCUCCUUCGUCAUCUUGCUGCUUCUCCCACUAAAAUCCUGCCUUCCUCUGGAGUGGCCAAGGCCUGCCGUGGUCCGUCUCCUCCCCAUAAGCGGCCUGAGUUGGGAGCGACAGCCCAGCCAUUCAGCGUGGGAGAAUGAGCCUUUCGUACCACCAGUCCGUGCCAAAGACGAGGGACUCUUCCAAGACCCACCAUUGCCCAGGUUCUGCAAGCCACCCGGGGCCAGACCCAUCCCCCAGUGGCAGAGGGACGAGCGAUCAGCUUCCUCCAGCAAACGACGCGAUGGCCGCCCAAACUCCCUGGACUUGACUUUUCACCUUCUCCGAGAGUUCCUGGAGAUGUCCCGGGAGGAGAGAUUGGCCCAGAAAGCUCGUAGUAACAAAAUACUCCUGCAUAAUAUUGGCAAAUGA